CAAGAGUGGUACGUUUUUCAAUAAACAGGGCCAGCACCGCAAAUUCUUCCGAGAGACUCUCGCGAAAGCUUGAAAACUUGGCAGGGGUUUUUAUGAAUGUUGGUGCACGGAGGUUGGACCCAAAGCGUUGUCUCGCCGCGUGGCCGCAUUUCUGUCAGAUCGUCAGUCGGCCAGUGAGUUCAAAAACCUGUACGCAGAAGUCUGAAAAGUGGGAUUCUUGCAGCCAACCCAGCUCAAACUCUCCGGCUGGGGUACCCCGAAUGUGGGGCAUGGGGAAUCUGAAUGAACUGGGCUGAGGACUCAGUCAAGGUGAGGCCGCUGCAUGAGCCAUGGAGCUCUUAAAGCUCGUGACGGCCCCGAUCCUUUUUGGUCCCUCGUUCACAGACACGACAUUUCACAUAAACCUCAAUCCAGCGUCAUUCAAGAGUCAUGGACGACAACAAGACAACUGAAAUUGCUGAAGCUCGCGAGGAUGCUCCCGAGGUCGUUGAAGACGAGACUCUCAAGUCAGCACAUAUGAACUAUGACCUCGUGGACGAAGAAGUGGCCAAGUACGCGAGCGAGACUAUCGUGGAAGUCGACGAAGCGACCAGCAAACGCCUGAAGCGGAUGAUAGACAAGAGAGUCUUAGCAAUUAUGAUUGGCACCUACCUAAUUCAAACUCUAGACAAGGGAACGAUGUCCUUCGCCUCUAUCAUGGGUAUCAUUCCUGAGACACAUUUAGUUGGGACACAGUAUUCAUGGUUGACAUCCAUUAUCUACAUUGUUAUUCUGCUUGUCGAAUGGCCCGAAAAUUUGAUCAUCCAACGCGUUCCUAUUGCCAAAUGGCUUGGCUUGAAUAUCAUCCUGUGGGGAAUCACGCUUGCUCUUCACGCCGCAAUGAAAAAUUUCGCUGGUCUGGUUACCCUUCGAGCUUUCCUCGGCUUGUUUGAGGCCGUCUCUCAACCCACCUUCGUCCUCCUGUCUGGCAUGUGGUACAAGCGAGAAGAACAAGCUGGUGCUGUUAUCUACUGGUACAUGAUGAACGGUGUACAGCAAAUAAUUGGCAGUCUUCUUGCUUUCGGCUUCUCUUUUGUUCCCAGCACAGCGGUCAUCAACUCCUGGCAAGCGUUGUUCAUGACUUACGGUAUCAUCACCGUGUUCUGGGGUGCUUUCGUUCUCUGGUGGAUGCCUGACUCUCCCAUGAAAGCAAAGUGUUUCACGGAAGAAGACAAGAAGUUGAUGAUUGAGCGAGUUCGCGAGAAUCGCACCGGCGUCCAAAAUCGCAAAUUCAGAAAGGAUCAGAUCUGGGAUGCUGCCUGUGAUCCUCAAGUGUAUGCUUUCGCCCUUAUUCAACUUUUCUUGACCCUCCCAUCAGGCGGCCUUGGCGCUUUCGCGAACAUAAUCAUCAAGUCUUUCGGCUUCACAACGUGGCAAACCCAACUUCUGCAGAUGGUAUCAGGCGCUGUCCAGGUCACUGCUAUGCUGUCUGCUGUCUGGGUUGAUCAACGAACCAGACAGACCAUACUGCCUAUGAUGGCUUCAGUUGUGCCUACAAUCGCAGGUACGAUUGUGUUGAUGAUCGUACCGUUCGAGCCAAGCAAACGAGUAGGACUACUCUUCGCAUACUACAUCAUGAUUUCCUUCUGGGCGUGUUCCGGACUUGCACUUUCACUCGUUACUAGGAACGUCGGUGGCCAGACAAAGAAGACUGUUGUGAUUGCGGUUAACUUCGUAUUCUGGGCAACUGGUAACUCCAUUGGACCUCAAGUUUUCCAAACCAAAGAUGCACCUAGAUACUUCCUCGCCUUGGCAAUUAUCUUAGGGUGUUUUGUUUUGCUCCUCAUUACAUUGGGAGCUCUUCGCACUUAUUAUGUCUGGCAGAACAAGAAACGAGACGGCAAGAUUGAGCGAGGUGAAGCCCUGGCGGAUGCCUUGUAUACACACGCUCUUGAGGAUAUCACAGAUAGGAAAAAUGUCAAUUUCAGAUACAUUUACUGAAGCUGAUUUCUGUCGAAGCUAUCUCGGGGUUUGGCUUUGACAAUACAGCAAGAUGCGAGAGAGCGGAAGCGUGGAAGCGGAGGAGUCGUGGUUCCAUAUUUCAUUCCAUCAACAAACAACCUCAAGUUCAAAUAAUUCAUGCUUAAAUUGAGCUUUCUUCUUCGACUC